AUUCUGGCUGUGAGCCCCUCCUUGCUGACUCUCUCCCCCUCCCACACGUGCAAAAUCCACUAGGUUUCAGACCAUCCUCUCCUGCUGGGGUCUGACUCUUCUCCAUGAGAGAGGUUGGGGGAUCCUAAACUCUUUCGCCAUCUCCUCUGGCCCCGGGCCCCCGGCUAUCCCUUCGCUGCUUUCCCUUUUAUAUGCACAUGAGAUGGAUUUGCUGAGAUCUCCCUCCUGGUUCUGUCUCCUGCUGCUGACUCUGUCCAUAGGAUUUGUCCUGUGCUCCAGGAAGACUAUCACUCCUAGGAGACAAGAGCGGCUGGGGCCCCCACUGGACAUUAAUCUUGAAGCUCUUAACUGUACGGCCCUCAGCGUUCAAUGGCGAAUGCCCCGGCAGCACGCAAGUACCAUCAAUGGCUACACAGUUUUCUACACUGAAGUGAUCAACGGCAAACACGUGAAACAGCAAACUCAGGACGUUCCCCUCAAACUGGAGAUGCUGAAUAUGGGGCAGCUGGAGGCGGUGGAAAUGUUUAAAGUCAUCCUCAACAAUUUACAGCCAGGAACACUGCAUCGGGUUAGUGUGGGAGCCUAUAGCUGGGCAGGUAAAGGAAGAGCCAGUAUGCCAAGAGAUGUGUCAACUCUAUCUCCGGAUAUGUGCAUGGUGCCCGAUCCACCGCUCCAGCCCCAGGUCGUGGUCGUGUCUGACACCGAAGUCGCCAUUUCGUGGAAGCAAGGUGCCAGUCAAGGCAGCUCCCCAAUCUGGUGUUACUCAUUGGCUUAUAGAAGGCCGGAUAUUGACGGUGAUUGGGUUGCUAUCACAGAACUGGUACAGAUGGAUUCUAUGGUGCUUAAGGGUCUAUCACCAGACACGAUGUAUCAGUUUGCCAUAAAAGCAGUGAACUCUUUUGGAGACAGUCAGCUUAGUGCUCCGAGUGAAAUCAUCAGAACUUUCCGGAGCGAUGAGCUGGGAUCUGGAGGAUAUGUGGACGGAUACGUGACAGACCCUAAAACCAGCGACGAUGAUGGGUACAACAUUGAUGACUCUGACUACGAUAUCUAUAUAGAUGAUGUCAAACCCCUUACUCGUACCAGAGGUGGUAACAAGAAAUUUGGGACAGAAACCAAGAUGACUCCAGGGACCUACACAAAGAUAAUCCCUUUGAGAACAACCACCGCAGCUUCCAGUUCUAUGACCAUACCCACAACAAGUUCUUCAACUACGGCCACCACAACCACAACUAGAGCCACCACCACCGCUAGUGCCACUAGAACCAGAGCCACCACCACAACCAGAGCCACAACCAGAUUCACCACCACAACCAGGACCACCACCACCAGGCCUGUGCGAAAGAAUACCAUGGUUUCUCCUCCUAGACUUUUUGACUUGACGUGUGAGGAAACCGUCUGCCCAGCCGAUAGCUUCUGCCUUAAUGAUUAUGACCGCGGGGGAUCACAAUGCCACUGUAACCUCGGGAAAGCAGGAGAGACAUGUGAACACGAUAUUAAUGUUCAGUAUCCUCAGUUUUACGGUCACUCCUAUAUGACAUUUGAACCACUGAAAAAUUCAUACCAGACCUUCCAAAUUACUGUGGAAUUUAAGGCUGAUGGUGACGAUGGCCUUCUUCUCUACUGUGGUGAAAAUGAAUAUGGCCGGGGAGAUUUUAUGUCUUUGGCUAUUAUUCGCAGGAGCGUCCAGUUUCGGUAUAAUUGCGGUACUGGGACAGCAGUCAUCACUAGCGACAAUAAAAUCAAACCAGGCGUCUGGCACAUUGUAACGCUGUACAGAGAAGGUCUUAAUGGAUGGAUCCAGCUAGAUAAUGGGGCAGCAGUGUCUGGGAGAUCUCCGGGUCAGUACAGUAAGAUCACCUUCCGAACCCCCUUCUAUCUGGGCGGUGCACCAAGUAUCUACUGGCUGGUAAAAUCAGCGGGAACCAACCGGGGCUUUAAAGGCUGCGUCCAGUCUCUGUCUGUGAAUGGCAGGAAUAUUGACAUGAGGCAGUGGCCCCUGGGAAGGGCUCUCAGUGGAUCGGAUGUAGGUGACUGCAGCAUCGGGGUCUGUGACGAGGCUUCCUGCAUUAAUGGCGGCACCUGCACCUCCAAGUCAGCAGAUUCCUACAUGUGUCUGUGUCCUAUUGGAUUUCAGGGACGUCACUGUGAGGAAGCUUUCGUCCUGGCUAUCCCCCAGUUCAAUGAGUCCGCCCGUUCCUUCGCUGUGACAAGAUGGCCAUUUGAGCCGCACCAUUACCUCUCAUUCAUGGAGUUUGAUAUGACGUUCCGCCCAGAUGCAGAAGACGGAACAAUCCUCUACAGCUACGACAGUGACAGCAAAGACUUUGUAUCUAUCACCAUGGUCAGCGGCUAUGUGGUCUUCAGGUUUGACUGCGGCUCGGGAACAGCGAUGAUACGAAGUGAGAAGCCGGUAAGUCUUGGUCAGUGGCAUGAACUCCGAGUCUCCCGAACAGCUAGGAAUGGCCUCUUACAGGUGGAUGACCAGAAGCAAGUGGAGGGAAUGUCGGAGGGCGGAUUCACACAAAUCAAGUGUAACUCUGACAUCUAUAUCGGUGGCGUUCCUGAUUAUGACACGGUCAAGAAACAUUCUGGAGUCUUACGGCCAUUUAGUGGAAGUAUUCAGAAAAUAAUAAUCAAUGACAGGAUCGUUCACCUUGUGCAUGGUCUGACCUCCGGGGUGAACAUCGCAAAUACUCUCCAUCCCUGCGCCGAUGUGCCGUGUGCCAAUGGUGGGAGCUGUAGACCCAAACAUGACAGCUAUGAAUGUGACUGCCCCCUGGGCUUCGAUGGCAGGAACUGUCAGAAAGUCAUUACAGAGGCCAUCGAGAUUCCACAGUUUAUUGGACGAAGUUAUCUCACAUAUGACAACAGGGAGAUUCUGAAGAGAGUUUCUGGAUCUCGAACAAACAUAUUCAUGAGAUUCAAGACCACAGUGAAGGACGGACUGCUCAUGUGGAGAGGCGACAGUCCCAUGAGACCAAACAGUGAUUAUAUCUCCUUAGGUCUUCAAGAAGGAAACCUUAUGUUCAGUUAUAAUUUGGGGAGCGGAAUGGUUUCUGUAAUGGUCAAUGGAACGUUCAAUGAUGGCCGAUGGCACCGGGUGAAGGCUGUACGUGACGGCCAGUCCGGAAAGGUGACUGUGGACGAUUAUGGCGCUAGGACGGGAAAAUCUCCAGGUCUGAUGCGCCAGUUGAAUAUUUAUGGAGAUCUUUAUGUUGGUGGGAUGAAGGAGAUCGCCUUACACACCAACCGGCAGUACAUUGGAGGCCUUAUAGGUUGCAUCUCUCACUUCACCCUCUCUACAGACUAUCAUGUGUCACUGGUUGAAGACGCGUCGGAUGGGAAAAACAUUAAUACUUGUGGCAAUAAAUAGGGAUGGAGAAGUUCAGAUGGUUUUAUGCUGAUGGGAGAAUUUGAGAUUUUGCACUCUGAGCACGAUCUGCAAUCCUUAUCAUCCCACGUUUGCUUCAAGAAAGCCAGGACCAAAUAGAAUCUUCUAACAGCUGUUUCCUUUUAGAAGAAAAGUAUGAAAAUAUUUCUGGUGGAGAGCAGACUCAUGUAUGACUAGUGUGAGAUAUCCGUGCCUUUUCCGCACAACUGUCCCAAAAAUGUCUGAUAAGAAACUGGACAGUCCUAUUUAUACUUUUGUCCAUCCCAUGGUUACUCAUUUGCAGCUGUUUUGGAGCUCCAUCGUAGACCCCAAAGGCUCCAUUUCCUUUGCUUGAAGAGCUGGCAGUUACCUCCUGUCCAAAUGACCACUAUUCAAGCAAAGAAGUGGUUAGGACUAGUUUUAUCUGCUAUAGGAUUGACUUCCUCUCCUAUCUACACAGACUUGUUAUAGGUCCUCCAACUCUAAGACUGCACAAGAAUGUUUGGGGGUACCAGAACAAAACGGGGCUUGUAAGGUUAUCUAGUCUACUGAGGGUGGCUCAAGGUAGACAUUGUGUUACAGAUGGACAGAGGUUGUCCAGUCUAGAAACCAAAUGCCGUUAGGGAAUUUUGUUUUGAUAGAAGAAGGUUCCUAAUUCCUAAACUCCAUCAAAUUAGACUGAACAGAGAGUGGCUACAAAGAGCGUUUCUUACUCUAGAGGACUCAGAAGGGCCUUACAUGACACUUACAUACUAUUGAUUUCAAUGAGAACUGUGUAAUGCUUCUUUUUUCCUUUAGUGGCGCAGGGAAACAGAUUUGUUUCUCCUCUUAAAGGGGACGUCCAUGCAUUUGGUUUUCUCAUACAUCCUCAUUAGUUUUGUCUUUUUUUGCCGUAUUCUAGUGCUAUAAUAAGCCUAUAUCCAAGCUUAACACACACUGGUAAUCCCAAACCACGUCCGCCUUGUGAAAGAGGCCACAUCUUAUCCAUCAUUGAAAUCGGGAUGCUACAAAAUAACAUUUGUAUAUGUUACUAUCUGGCCAAAGUUAAGGUUAUGUGCACUCACAAUUCACAGUAUGGUUUCUACAUUGUAGCAGUUAGAGGCUGCUCCUCCAUGACCUAAGAUGAGAAAAAUAUGGACCUUGAACUUUGUGUCAAUAGAGUUGUAUAUGCCACAUGAAAGGCACUGGAGGGUGCAGUGGUAAACUAUGGUUUGACUCCUUUACUCCAUAUGCAAUAAAUACAUCCAUGUCAUAAAAAAGCAAGUAUGCAUCCCUAUCCCUUAUAUUGACUUCACAGGUGGACAGGAGGGUCCCCCUAUUAUGACAUACAAUAAACUAUGCCAAAUACUUCAUUCCAAAGACCACGACCAAAAGUACAGUUAACUUAUUUGCUACCCUAGGCCACCAAAGACGUCUGCACUGAUUUAUUAACCACCCUAGGCCACCAGUAAUGCUUCCAUGAACUCCUUCUCUACCAUGGUCCCCCAGAGAACUCUUUCGCUAGCCCUUUCAUUUGAACAGGCGAACAGACAUUUCAACAUUAUCCCCUUCAAUGCUCUAGAUCACCAGGGUAGUUGCCAUUAAAGGGUUCUUCCAAGAUCACAUGCUACUACUGCUAUGGCCUUCAUUGGUACAGAAUGGUGUAAACAAUGAACAGACAGCAACCUCUUCAAGCAGCUGAUGGGUGGGAGCACCGAGAGUCAAACUAUCUCUGAUCUGAUAGUAAUGGUCUUUCCUAAGGAUAGGCCAUCCAUAUUGUUAUCUUGCAAAACCUUUAACAACUUCUUUACUCUAGACCGCAAAUCCCAAUAGAUGUAAGGCAACUGGAAGCAGCAGGAGACCUCCCCCGCUGAUCUGCCACCAGUAAGCGACCAAGAUGUUUAAGAACCAUCACCUCAGCUGCCUGUUAUGCAUUUGUAGUUUUAGUCUUCCUUCGAGGGUUCAAUGACCUUUUGUGGUGGCUCUUCUGUAUCAAUGCCUAUUGCCUGUACUGGAUGUUCUUAAAAAUACUUCCUGUCAGCAGACAUCUCAAAUGCACAAGUAAUUCCAAAAGGGAACUGACUUAAUUUACUGACAAGAAGCUAUCAGAAUUUCUACCUCGAUAAAAAGGCCAUAUUCGUCCUAGUUUUUAUGUUAUACCAAAGCCCCAAUUCAUGCAACCAAACUCUGCAAAACCCUCUUGCCCCAUAUGUAUAUUUAGAAAAAAUCUGAUUAAUAACGCAGAAUGAGAUGGCAAUAGGUAAUAGCAGAGGGCAGCUAUAGAGGGGUCAAUGGUAACAGUUAAACUGUCCCUGGAUUUUGAGGGGUACCCAAAGACUCCUCUACCACAUAAAAAGGCAUCAUAAUUACUAAUGGUGCAAGUGGGGCCCAUAGUAGGAGAUUUUGCAUUGAGGCCAUGUAGCGUUGUAGUAGUAUAGCUUGACCACUACCAUAAGAAUCUUGAGCUGAACCAGUCAUUUCAGACAGAAUUGUAGCUAUGGAUAGACUGUUGUCGCCAUGUCAUGUGUUUGUUGGUCUCAGAUUACUUCAACUUCAGGUCUCCAUUUCACACUGACUUAGUAAUCAGAUUUUUUUUGUAGAACUACAUAGCGGGGUGGAUUCUCUUUACAUCCAGAUACUGGCUUUAAGAUCUGACUGACCCAUUUUGUAUUGUGCUCGAUUCCAUUUUGUAGAUCUGACAUAGGCAUUUUGUACUUGUAUAUUUUUAUAGAACAUAUACAGGGGAAACUCGAAAAAAUUUGAA